GUAUCCUGAAGCAACUGUCUUACCUGCUAUAUCGACACCACUUUUACAAUUACCAUGCACCAAGAACAGCAUCGCCGUGUCUCCCGCAUCACUAACAUACACCUCAACCGGCCGUUUCAACCAGCCGCCGCUCCCGAGACCCUCGAGCCCAGCAGAGACACGCCGUUGCAGUGUGUCGUGAUAUCUAGGUCGUAAUAUCCGGGUCGUGAUAUCUAUGGCCGUGUUCCGCGGACCAUUUCACCCGCUUGCUCCGCGGAACCGCUGAGAUACACACUGAUACACACUGACACGCACUGACACACAUCACUGCCACAGCCCACUGCUACAGGCGUGACAACGCACCUCACCGACUGUAUAUCCGUAUCCGUGACCGCGCGCAUGCACGGCGCGAGACAGUCUUCACCGUCUGGCGUCACGGCGAGAGAUUGUAGACAGACACGGUCAGCGUAUAUAGCGUACAAGUGUUUGUCGGCGUGCCGUAGCGACACGCUGCGAUUGCAGAGCAACGGAGAAGCACACGUCCAUCAUUAUCCCGCGUCUGAAUCAAGGUACUGGAUGCGGAACCCGUUUCUGCCCGCUGCGAAGAGCAAGCCCACGACCGCGCUGCGCGCGCCGUCGCCGUCGCUGUCUUUCUUUGCGUUUCCCACGCCCAAAGCUGCGUAUCCAGGUCCAAAUGGUAAGACAGCGGCGAAGCAGGACGCGAGUCUCGUGUGUCCGGUGUGCAGCCACACCCUGCCCCCUCCCCCCCAUUCCCCAGACACCCCGUCCCCGCCAUCCUCCACCCCUCCCCAAGACCCAGCAAGACCGAAAGCCCCCUUACACUCCUCGCAUCCUGCACAACCCUCAAAGCCCUCAAAGCCCUCAAAGCCCUCACAUCCACAUCCACAUCCACACCCAUACCCACAGCCUGCAGUACAAGUCCGAGCACAAGCACAAGCACAAGCACAAGCACAAGUCCUCGCCUGCGCACCCUGCACAGCCCGCUUUCUGCAGCGCGAAGCCCAGGAGCGUGUGUGCGUGGGCGGGUUGACGCGGUUCCCUGCGCUGCUGGAGGGGGGUGGUGGUGGUGGGGGGGAGGCGAGGGAGUGGAGGGGGUUGAGGGGGGGAAAGCGAGGGCGGAAGCAAGGGAGGGUUGGCAAAGUGCUAGGGCUGUAG